AUGACCGACGCAAUCAGUGACGAUGUCCACCGGCGAUCCUCGCCUUUGCCUCCGGCUCCGAUGGACGACUACACCUUCCCGGAGCUUCGUCUGAAGCGCACAAUGGACGACCCCGAAAAGACCCCGCUCCUCUUGGUGGCCUGUGGCUCCUUCUCACCCAUCACCUACCUGCACCUGCGCAUGUUCGAAAUGGCCGCCGAUUACGUCAAAUUCAGCACGGACUUUGAACUGGUCGGGGGUUACCUAUCCCCCGUGUCUGACGCCUAUCGUAAGGCCGGUCUGGCUAGCGCUGAACAUCGUGUCGCUAUGUGCCAACUCGCCGUGGAUCAGACCUCCGACUGGCUGAUGGUUGAUACGUGGGAACCGAUGCAGAAGGAGUACCAACCGACAGCCGUGGUGUUGGACCAUUUUGAUCAUGAGAUCAACACUGUACGACAGGGCAUCGAGGCCGGCAAUGGUACUCGCAAGCCCAUCCAGAUUGCUCUGCUGGCAGGUGCAGAUCUGGUCCAUACCAUGUCAACUCCUGGAGUCUGGAGCGAAAAGGAUCUUGACCACAUCCUCGGAAAAUACGGCACUUUCAUCGUGGAACGCACCGGAACCGACAUUGACGAAGCGCUCGCUGCCCUGCAAACAUGGAAGAAAAACAUUCAUGUUAUUCAACAACUGAUCCAAAAUGACGUCAGCAGCACCAAGAUCCGUCUGUUCCUGAGACGUGACAUGAGCGUCCGAUACCUGAUCCCCGUCCCUGUAAUCCAUUACAUUGAACAACACAACCUCUACAAGGACGACAGCACGACAUCGACCGACAAGGGCAAAGGCCGACAAGAACCCGGAUCGUCGGGGUGA